AUGAGUGCUCGCACGCGCACGGCUCGCAAGAGCACGGCGAACACGUUCAGCUACGCCGAGCUGCCCUCGAGCGGCGACGAGGACGAGGACGAGGAGUUGAGCGAGUCGGGACGCGGGGGAGGAGGGCGCAACAGCAAGGCCAAAGGUCCGACCAAGCGCGCCAAGGGCAAGGCCAAGGCGGUCGAGGUCGACGAUGGCGACGAGGGCGAUGAAGACGUCCAGCCGCGCAAGAAGGCUCGCGGGCCGGCCAAGGGCAAGCAGCGCAAGCAUAACAAGGCCAAGGGCCAGCUCGAGGUCUUCAAGACGCUCCCUGUCGAGAUGAUCACCGAGAUCUUCUCGCACUUGUACCCGAACGACCUCCUCGCGCUCAGCAUGGUCAACAAGGAGUACCGCGCGCUCCUCACGGCCAAGUCGUCGGCCCGUCUGUGGAAGGCCGCUCGCGACAAGCUCAAGCUGCCCGACGUCGUUACCGACCACUUCAGCGAGGUCCAGUACGCGAGCCUCGUCUUUGGGCGCAACUGCCAGAUCUGCGGCAUCAGCAAGUACGUCUCGCUCGACGGUCGCCUGCGCCUGAGGGCCUGCAAGAGCUGCCGUACCCAGCACUUCGUCAAGCUCUCGUCCAUCGAGCGCACGCACCCUGAUGUCCUCGCCAAGUUGCACCCACGCGCUCAAGACGUCGUCAUCAAGUCGGGCGGCUACGUCCUCCUGAGCGACCUGUACCGCGCCACGGUCAUCCUGAAGGACCUCGAGGACCAGGACGAGGACGACGACAUCGCCGAGGGCAACGUCGCAGCACCUCUCGCGCCGUCGCCGACGCCGUCGAGUGGCCGCAGGCGCAGCUCGCGCGCUCGCUCGUUCAAGACGUGGACGCCGCGCCAGGACGACAUGUCCGACAACGAGGACGACUCGGCCUCGCCGUACACGCGUCGCGUCAACGAGUACAUCGUCGCCCGCUCGGCCUUGUUCAAGGAGAUCAACGAGCACGCCCGCAACAUCGCUGUGGCGUACAAGACGGUGCAGGACCACGUGAGAAUGGUCGGCUGGGAGGUCCACCGGCAGCGCUACAACCGCAUCCGUUUCAAGCAGCUCGUGGACAAGAUCCUCGACCUCGAUCUGGGCUACGGCGCUUACGACUUCUACGGUUCGUGGUCGAGGAGCAAGCUCGUCACGUCGCCCGACCCGCUCACGGACGAGGAAUGGGUCCGCAUCAAGCCCGAGCUCCUUGCCCUCCUCGACCGCGACAAGGAGCGCCUCACCAAGCAGGUCGCGCGUUUCAAAGCCAAGUCCGAGCAGAGGAAGCGCAAAGAGUCGCUGCGCCCGCUCUACGAGAAGCUCUGCGCGUCGCUCCCCAAGCCGGCGCGCCCGUUCGUCCCCCUGUUCCUCGACUUUCUCCUCCUGCCGUCGGUCAAGGCGCUCUGGGGCGACAACGACGACGUCGAGGCGAUGAAGCAGGCCUGGACCAUGGCGCUCGAGGACAUCAAGGACGAGGUCGACCAGUUCCGCCUCGACCUCGUUGCGCACGCCCGCUCGCUCGUCCUCGAGGCGACGACCGACCCGGACGACCUCUCGCACGGGCUCGAUGCCGACGACCUCGACGGCGACCUCGACAAGUUCUUCUCGCUCGCGGCGUCGUUCGUCUGCUGCGACUUUGGGUACUGCCGGCGCCCGUCGAAGCGCGAGUACACGUGGCCGCCUCGCCACCAGAUCAGCAAGGCGCACCGCAAGUUCCGCAACAUUGGCCCACUCGUCGACGUCCUCAAGCACCUCCGCAAGUACCACGACGACGACUACAUCCCGUACAGCGGCCACGGCGUCAACGCGCAGCCCCAGUUCCACAUCUCGCUCCCGCUCGAGGUCGCGUGCGCCGCCUCGGCCCUUCUCGAGGUCAAUCAGCUCGACCCGUCGACGGCCGGUGUCGCCGAGCUCGACCGUGCCGGCAAGAGCGUGCGCAAGUACGUGUGGGAGAACCACUCGUCGACCUGGCGCAACUACUCGGGCGAAAGCGCGUGGUUCGACCUCCUCUACGCCGUCAAGAAGGAGGGCCAGAGGCUCGCGCGCCUCAAGCCGCCCGUCUACCUCGACCCGCCCGUCGUCGUCAUGAACCCGGCCCGCAACGGCGUCGCUCCCGCCGCCAGCGACGACGACCAGCAGGAGCAGCUGGACGAGGCCGACUAG